AUGUCGGUUGAGAGUCUAGAGUCGAGAGUCGAGAGUCUGGGGGAUGUUCAGAGACUGAAGUCGCUACGGAAGCGGGGUGUGAGUGUGAGUGGGGCCGUCCCCGCCUUUGCCGGCGAGGCGGAGACGGAGACGCAGCGGAGCCGCAAUUGCCUUUUGUCUCUCCCCUCUCAGGGUGAACGGCUCUUCCCCAGGAAUUUGGAGAGCCGCUCACUUUGCCUGAAUUUAGACGCCCCCCUUAGCAGGGUCAUUUCAUGCGGGGUCAAAGUCACUGCAGUUCGAGAUGUUCGCUAUCCUUUACGCCGAAGACGAAGACCCUCUUUCUACUGGUCUCAUAGCAACCAUUAG